AUGCAAACUGAUGCAAACCAAGAACAACCUCCUCAAAACUUACCAACAACUGUUUUUCUAGAACAAGUCUUGACAGAUGUUGAAAAAUAUAGUCCUUUAAAUCUUGUUCCUGUAACCGACUUCUUUCGACAAGUAUUCGUGACACGCGUUUCAUUCUUAGAGAGUAGAUGUAUGAAAACUUGGUUAUUUUCACAACUUGUAAAACUGGGUUUAUCUCCUUUCUACCUCUUUAUCAUUCUUAUUAUUAUUGCAUCUUUAGCGGCUAGGCACAUGUACAAAAAUUCUAUCUAUCUAUUAUGUAACUUAGUUGGUGUGGUUUAUCCUACUUAUCGUUCAAUCAAAGUCAUCUAUCAACAAUCUUCUAACGAUAAUGAAUUAAAUGCUGAACAAAAACAAUGGCUAACUUACUGGACUGUUUAUGGUUGGCUUCAAAUAGCUGAUUAUUGGUCAACUCAACUUCUUAAAUUAUUACCAGGUUAUAAUUUCUUAAAAUUAAUAUUUUUAUACUGGGCUCAGAAUGAUCAAUCAAGAGGUGCUACUUUACUUUUUGAACGCGUUUUGAAACCAUUGUUACGUAAACCACAACCUAAAUUAAAUACGAAUACUCAAAAGCGACAGACAACAAAAUGGCAGCAAAAUGAUCAACAACAAUCAACGCAACGAUUUGUUAAAGUUGAUCAUAAUUCUUCAGGUCCUUCAGUUGUCUAUAGAAGUGACCUUUCACCUGAGGAGAUUUGGAGGCGCAAUCCGGAAGAGCGUGAGAAUGAGGUUGAACCAUAUCAUUUAAAUCAUGCUAAUUAA